AUGGAAAAGAUUCCUGAUCAGAUUGGUUACUUGGUUUUAACAGAGGACGGGGCUGUCCUUGAAUCUGGCGGUGAAUUGGAAAACGACGAACGUGUUGCUACAAUUAUUACUGAUCUCAUUUCCUUAUCGAAUAAGGUCGAUCCAGUAGCAUUUGGACCAAAUGAGCAGUUCAAGAAGAUAUCUAUAACUUACGAUGAUCAAUGGUUCGUGAUUUGUUUGUCGAACAAGAAGAUAUAUGUUGUGAAGCGCAGUAUACAGCCAAGCAUAAGUGAAGGAAAUGCAAUUAAUGUUUGA